ACGCCGCGCCACGGCAUAAGCUCACUUGCCCUUCGGGCAGGUGAGCUAAAAAAAAACACGUGGGGAGCCAACACAGCCUAAGAUGAACACAAGAAAACGAAUAGAAAAGCAGAGGGAGUAUUGGAGAUUAAAAAAAAACAGAACAAAGAUCAAAAAUGACCAGCCAGGCAAAACGUAGGGAAUUGGAGAAAAGAAAAAUGAGAUAUCAAGCCUCAAAAGCAAGAUGCCAGCUAAAAUUUACUGCAUCCGCAUCAGAAAACAAUGGAAAACAAGGCAAUACCUGCAGGCUCCCACAAACACCAGAAAAAUUUGCUGCAGCUGUAGAGGACGUUGUUAAUAACACAACGCCAAAGAAAAGGAAGGCACUACACAAUAAAGGAAUUUUGUUAACCCCUAGCACAAAGCACAGAUAUGAAACAAAUUCCAAGAUUGUUGCACGCCUUAAAACAUCACUCGGAAAAUUGAAGAAAGAAACAACAAAAGUGGGAAGGAAUAAAUACAAAAUAGUCAUGAAAAGCAUUGUUGGUCGAUGUGCAGUUCAGAACGCACUAAGAAAGGAGCUUGAAAUCAAGUGGGAGUAUUGGAACAGAAUAUCUCGUAUUGAAGAAGAGGAGAAGGAGUGCGUCGCAAGAAACAAUGCAAUGCCUACCAAUCAAGUAAAACAAAUUCAAAGAUUUUAUUUGAAUGAGUCUACUACUCUGCCAACAAAGAAAACUGUAAGCAUAAAAACAGGAAAACAGAAAAGUGUCAUGACAGAUACAUUACAACAGGCACAUAUAAGAUUCCUGAAAGAAAAUCCAUACAUCAAAGUGUCGCUAAGCCAUUUUAGGAAACUUAGACCCAAAGAAGUACUUACCGUUAAAGAGCAGAAGUUUAACAGCUGUUUGUGUGAAUAUUGUCUCAAUGUUCAAUACAAAUUAAAUGCACUUAACCUGGCUGCACAGAAAUUGAAACAUCCAGAACUAAAAUUGGAGAAUAAAUACAGCUGCAUCAACAAAACACUUUGCCCAAAAGCAACAGACUCAAAGUACCACAAACUUGAAUGUAUUGACCGAAAAUGUGACCUGUGUAGUGAAGACCAUUUGUUCGAGCAUUUUGAACCAUUAAUCAAGGCAGACUCCGAAGGAAAAUAUGAUUGGCAGACAUGGGAAUAUAGAAAUGUUACAUGCAGUACUAGUUCAAACACAAAAGAGGUCAAAAGGCAAAUACUUGUUGAUCAAUCUGGAACUAUCAAGGAGUUGGUGUCCAAACUUUGCAAGGAAAUCAAAGAAUUAUCAAGUCAUUUUUUUGUUGCAGAAUGGCAAUACAAAACAUUCAGUGAAAUAACCAAGAACGUCCCGAAGAACUGGGUUGUUACCAUAGCCGAUUUUUCAGAAAAUUAUAGGUGCAUAGCACAGGACGAGAUUCAGUCUGCGUAUUAUAAUUACAAUCAAGCAACACUACACCCCAUGCUCGCAUUUUACAACUGCAAAGAUUGUGACAACGCCAUAGUGCAGGAAUCUGCAGUAUUCAUUUCAGCCGAUCAUCUGCAUGAUGCAAAUGCCGUGAAGCAGUUCACAAAACAGUUUGAUGACCAUCUGCGGAACAAUAGAGGGAUCAAUUUUGAUCACGAAGUCCAGUUUAGUGAUGGCUGCUCUGCACAAUACAAAUCAAAACUACCUUUCCAGCAUAUUUCUGAAACUACAAUACACAAAUUUGAGCGCUCAUAUUUUGGUUCUAGGCAUGGUAAAGGCCCUUGUGAUGCACUAGGUGGGAUCAUCAAGAAAGGUGCCGAAACUUUUGUGAAAAGCCGGAAAGGAACCAUCAGAGAUGCAAAGGAGUUGUUCCAAUAUUGUGAAUCACACUUGAAAAUAGGAAGUGGAAUUGAGUGUGAACACAAACGAAGAGUCUUUUUUUAUUUUGAUAAGAUUAACAGAAAAGGGAAAAAAUCUGAUACACUAAAAACUUUUGAAGGAACUCGGCAGUUGCAUAGUGUACAAUCAGUUGAGCCAGGUGUAGUGAAAGGCCGAAAUUUAAGCUGCUUUUGCAACUCCUGCACAUCUCACAACAACAAAUCAGAUACUUGUGCAAACAAGGCAUAUAUUCAUGAAUGGAAGACCCACUAUCUCAAUGGAAAAAGAUGUCCACCCAAAGACCCCAACAGCUGUAGCAAGAAAAAGAAGAAACAAACAACUGCCAAUGAAGGGAACACACUUCAUGAUGAAGACAAAAACAUUCCUUUCACUAAACCAAGGACCAAUAACGAGGAAGAGUCAAAGAAUCAGACAAAAGAUAUUGGAAAUAUGCUGGAGAACUUCAGGAAAGCUAAAAAUUAUGAUGAACUAAAACUUAUGGUUUUUUCGUAUGCUAAAGAUAAUGAAAACAUAGAAGUACGCCCAAAUAACAUCAUAGACGGUGGAUCAUUUGUCAUUGACAAACUUGCUUAUGGUUUGCUGCCUGAUGAUAUACCUGAUCAGGGAAGUUUGAAGUUACCAGUAUGUGUUGGGGCUGAUGGAAAUUGCCUACCCCGCUGUGGUUCUGUCCAUGCUUUUGGUCUUGAAGACAAACACAAUGAAAUUCGCGCUAGAGUUGUGAUUGAACUGACAAAAAAUGAAGACAUGUAUCUAGAUUGCAAACAUCUAGCCCGAGGAACAUCUCUUGUUGACCGUGAGGCAGCCAAACUUCCUGGUCACUAUGCUUUAUACUCACAAAACUACACUGCUGGAGAUAUUGUGACUGAAAACACCAUAACAAGGAUCUACCAUCAAGAAGUUCUUGAUAUUUCACGUAGGAACUCCUUCAUGGGUAUUUGGCAGCUUUUCGGUCUUGCGUCAGUGCUCAAAUGCAGAAUAUUUUCUGUGUAUCCCAAGCUAGGAAACCCCAGUGUAAGACGAGAUCUGCACAGGCAGAUAUUACCAAUUGGCAAACCUGAAUUUGAAGAUGCAUAUUUCAUGUGGACAACUACAAGAGAAGAUAUGACGAGAGAAACACAUUGGGUGCCAAACCACUUUGUUCCUCUCUUGUCAGUUGCAGCACCAACACCUCCGUGUAAUAACAGUUUUGUUCAUACAGUGGAUUCCAUGGAUUGUAGCUUUUCAGAAAAUGAAGACCAGUCGUUGGAUAUUUCUGGGCUUUAUGAUGUGUUGGAGUCAUUUGAAGAGACAUUUACAGAUGGUAUAGAGAAUCGGCAGACCCACACAGAUCCCGAACAGCUGCCAUUUGAUUUGCAAGAAUUGUGGACAACAUUGGAGCCAGAGAUAAUCCAGGCACCAGUGACAGUCAAGGAACCCAUGAUAAUCCAGGCACCAGUGACAGUCAAGGAACCCAUGAUAAUCCAGGCACCAGUGACAGUCCAGGAACCCAUGCUAAUCCAGGCACCAGAGACAGCCCAGGAUCCCAAGAUAAUCCAGGCACCAGUGACGGUCCAGGAGCCCAAGAUAAUCCAGGCACCAGAGACAGUCCAGGAACCCAUGAUAAUCCAGGCACCAGAGACAGCCCAGGAUCCCAAGAUAAUCCAGGCACCAGAGACAGCCCAGGAGCCCAAGAUAAUCCAGGCACCAGAGUGA